AUGGUUGAAAAGGUUCUCGACGACAUCUCCCACCGCAGAUAUAACCCUCUGCGCGGGUCGUCCAUCUUGGUCUCCCCUCACCGGACCAAGCGUCCCUGGCAAGGUCAGCAGGAGAGUCCGUCUAAGACCACGUUGCCCUCGUAUGAUCCUGCCUGCUAUCUCUGCCCGGGCAACAAGCGCGCUCAGGGCGACUCCAACCCCAAGUAUGACAAGACUUUCGUCUUCGUGAACGAUUACAGCGCAGUCAAGGAGGAGCAAGCCCCGUAUACGCCGGAGAGCACUGAAGAAGCCGAGUCCUUCUUCCUCAAGGCAGAGCCUGUCACCGGAAAAUGCUACGUGCUCACUUUCUCGGCGGCCCACAACCUGACCCUUGCGGACCUGUCCCCCGCCGAGAUCAUCCCCGUCAUUGACGCUUGGACCCAGCUGUACACGGCGCAUCUGUCGCCCAAGUCUCCGCUGGCAGCGAUCGCCCCCGCGACCACGCUGCCCCCCGAUGCGCCGACGGCCAGCCAGACGGCACCCAAGCAGCAGUACCGCUACAUGCAGAUCUUCGAGAACAAGGGCGCCGCCAUGGGAUGCUCGAACCCGCACCCGCACGGCCAGGUGUGGACCACCAGCUCGCUGCCCGAAGAGCCCGCCAUGGAGCUGGAGCAGCUGCAGAAGUACCGUCGCGAACACGGCGGCAAGCACAUGCUAGAGGACUAUGCCGCGCUGGAGUCCCGCAAGCAGGAGCGCGUCGUCUUUGAGAACGACAGCUUUCUCGUCGUGUGUCCCUGGUGGGCCGUCUGGCCCUUUGAGACCAUGGUCGUCAGCAAGAAGCACAAGCGCGCGCUAGUGGACCUCAACGACACCGAAAAGGCCCACCUGGCUGAGGCCAUCGCCGAGGUCACUCGUCGGUACGAUAACCUGUUCGAGACGCACUUCCCCUACAGCAUGGGUAUCCAUCAGGCGCCGCUGGAGGGCACCGCAGAGGAGGUCGAGGCCUCGUACCUGCACCUGCACUUUUAUCCUCCGCUGUUGCGCAGUGCUACCGUGCGCAAGUUCUUGGUCGGAUAUGAGAUGCUCGGCGAGCCUCAACGUGACAUCACUCCGGAGCAGGCGGCGGCUAGACUCCGUGGCUGCGGCGGAGAAUUGUACCGCAAGAAGAUGGAUGCAAGUUCUUGA